AUGACAGUGGCGACGACGACGUCACCCCCGGCUUCCGGUCCAGAAGACGUCGAGAAGCCGUCGAUCCUACAGAGACUGUGCUGUUGCGGCGGCAGCACUUCGAAAGAACCGCCCGUUCAGCUCAUCCGCAGUUCGUUUUUUUAUAAACGUACGGUGUUUUCUGUUCUUUCAGUUCGUUCUGUUUCUCAGUUAUGGCUUGGGGACAGUUCGGAAGGUCUUAAAACUCUAGAAAAGGGUACGAAAAGUCUGGAACAUUAAAAAAAUGUAAAAAUUGAGGCAGAGACACAAAAAAGCUACUAAAAGAUGUCUAAUCCUGGACAUACACUAUUCGGACAAUUUUGAGUGGUAACUAGAGGGGUUAGAGCUUCUAGUGGUCACUCAGGGGGUCAACUCGCUUCGAAUGACUCUAGAAAAGUGAAAAAAUUGAAGUGGUCACUUAAGUAGUCCGAUUUUGAAAAAAUCAAUCAUUUUCCACGUACAACUGGAUUAUAAAGAGGCCAUCUAGAGAUCUCUUUUUUAUUAUUUAGUCUUAAAACCUAAAAUUACCUUUUAAGUUCUUAUUAUAAUCUUUCUAAGCUGGAAAAUCGGUAAAAAAUCACUCUAAUGAUCACUAGGGCCUUUCUUUAUAACUUCUGAAUAUUUUUAGGUACUUCUUCUAGUUUCUAUAGAUGGUUUGAAUUUCUUAGAAGUUCCUGAAAAAUCAGAACGCUUCUCAAGAGGUCCCUUAAAGGAUUAUCAACCUCUAUUUUGAACUAUGCCUUUUUCGAACUUUUUCCGAGCUUUUUUCGCUCCUUUUCUGUUUUUUCUACGAGGAAGAUCUUCCGACGGUUCUCCCAUUUUUUAUUGCAUGUCUAUAUAUUUUUUUUUUCUAUUCCUUCUUCAUUUUUCUGAUAGAUCCAAGAAAAAACUGGUCUUUAGGCGGAUCUCUCACACAGCCAACAAGUGCACUAGCCAAUGGGAUUGCGGCGGCCAGAGAAUCGAUCGAGGGAUUCGAUGAGAUCAAUCUCGGGUUGGUUUUGGAAUGGUUCGAAAAGUGUUAA